AGGUAUUUUAUUGAAGUUUACGUGAAGUGCGGUAAAUAAUCGUGUUUUUCUUAGUCUUGUAAGGCAACCAGAAUAGCAGAGGAGCAGUGCGGAAAGUACAUCUAUAAGGCUGUGAGACCUUUGUUAAAGUAUAUUCAUCAGAUGAAGGAGGAAAUUGAAAACAAUAACAAUAAAAUUGAAGGCAAAGACAGGGAAAUCAAGCAACUGCAGGAAAAACUUAGCCAACAAAAUGAACUGGUCAUCUUGGAACUGAGAGCUCAGAAUGAAUUCUACAAACAGAGUAUCAAAGAGCUAACGAACAACGUUUUAUCAAUAAAAGAGCAAAUGAGUAAACCCAAUUCCAAUGCCAUAAAAAUGCAGGACUAUGAAGAGCAGCUGGAGAAAGAAAAGAAGUCAAUUGAUCAACAGGCCCAACAAAUCCGAACUCAAAAACGAAAUCAACAUUUGUGCCAAGAAACUAAAAACCGACGAAGAGAAGCCCGUUUACGGCGAAUGCACCGACUUUGCUGAUGCUCCGGGUAUUCAUAAGAUUAGCCCGGAUCAAGAAGGUCCUUUCGAUGUACUAUGUGAUAGUGCGAUAGCAGGUCCUGGCUGGACGGUUAUCCAGCAGCGAAUCAACGGUAAGGAGGAUUUCUACAGGAAUUGGACCACAUACCGUGAAGGUUUUGGUUUCUUUGAUGGCGACUUCUUCCUCGGUCUCGAGAGGAUUCAUCGCUUGACACGCGCCCAGCCCCAUGAGCUCUACAUACAUAUGGAAGGAUUUGAUGGUGACAUCGAAUAUAGAAGAUACGAACAAUUUGCCAUUACUGGCGAGGAGGACCAAUACACCUUGAUCACCUUGGGCAAAUCUGAGGGCAGUGCA